AUGGGCACCAUUAACCCCACUACGGAAGAUCACCACUCAACAACUGCCCCUCACGAUCAAGGCACCAGGGAGAAAAAUAUCUACAACGAAGUCGACGUUUCGACCUCUUCUAAAGGCAAAGGGGGUCCUCUAGCCUCCUCAUGGCUCCCCACCUUUCACAGCACCCUAUCUUCCCUUCUACGAUGGACAGGCUCCUACCCGGGCCACAUCCAGGACUCUCAUCUCACAUUUGUGCGUGAGGCCGUCGUCCCCUGCCUCAAACAGCCUCCCACCACCGCUGACAGGCUGCGCUACAUUCUGACGCAUAACCACUCGCCGUACGAAGCAAGCGUCGCUUUUGCGUCUCACCAGACGCCAAAAGUGCGGUUCACGGUGCAGCCGCUGACGGAUCCUGGCGACGAUGACCCCUUGGGGCAAAAGGGACUGCGCCAGAAACUGGAGGGUCUGGCGUUUGCUUCUGAUGCAGACCGUACCUGGCUGACUGCCUUUAUCGAUUCUGUCUUCCUGACUGCCGAGGAGGAGAUAGGCUUGAUUGAAAAGGAGAUUAGUUACGGCAGGGCUGUGCCGCAGCAAGUAUGCUACGCCGGGUUUGAUCUCGAAUUCGACGAGGACACGAAUGGGAAAGCGGCUAUUGGUAUGAAGGCAUACCUGUUUCCGCAACUGCGAGCUCUCGCAACGGGCCGGCAGCCAGUGAAUAUCACUGAGUCUGUCGUGAAACGACUUGCCGGGGGCGAAGAGGGGAUGCUGGCAGCCUGGGAGUUGCUCAAAGACUUUCUCGUCUCCUACGGCGAGGACAACAUCAACGUUUACUUCCUCGCCAUUGACUGCCUGGCGCCACACAUGGAGCCGAAGCCUCGCUUCAAGGUGUACACCCACACACACGCCAACUCCCUCGCCUUAGCCCGUCAUAUCUUCACUCUGGGUGGCCGUCUUUCUUCUUCGUCUGCAGACUUUCUACCGCAAGUGUGGCCCCUCCUUAUGGACAUGGAGGAUGUUGCCCGGGCUGACAUGGACGGCCUGGAAAAGCCGCUCAAUGAGCCGCAGAGCAAGUAUUGCGGGCUCUGUUUCUCCUUUGAGAUGAUUCCGGGUGAUGCAGUACCGCAAGUCAAAAUGUACGUGCCUAUAUGGCAAUACGCUCGUUGCGAAGCCGGCGUUGUGGAGCGUUACGAGCGCAUACUCCAGACGCAGGGGAUGAUGAUGGGGGAUAACGACUUCAAAACUGCUGUCCAAAACACCUUGUGA